AUGGGAACCAGCACAGUGGCCACCACCGAGGAGCCUCCGCUAACACAAAAUGAUACUGACGGAAGUGAGCCGAAGCCCCUUCCGAGACAUCCAAAUGAAACCUACGAGAAUUACGGAAAGACCCUUUCAAAGAAGUUUGAGCAAAGGGAUGAAGAACACGACAUCCACAAUGAAGAUGACAAUCAGAGAUCCCAGGAAGAUAGCAAGCAGAGCUCACACGAUAAUCAAAGUCCAGCCGAGUCGAACACGGGAUCUACGACCCCAGUUGAUCCUUCCGAAGGUGACGAGGAGUCUAAUAAGGAAUGUUCGAGCGACCUACAGUUUAAGAAGAAAGAUCUCAAGAAACCAAGAACCCAGUCAUUCCAACUGGUUUUAUCCACAGCAUCGCUCAAGUCCUUGAGACAGACAGAGCCGGCUAAUCCUCCUGCGUUACAAAGAAAUUCAAGUAACCUUGGCAACAUGAGCCUGACGGGAACGGGCAACCACAAGAACUUCCAGUCAUUCAUCCAAGCACCUGUGCUCUCGUCAGUCAGUAAUCUUCGUGCAUUGGACAAUAUAGUGAUUGGGCAGCAACUACCCUUUGAUCACAAGGACCCACCAUCUGAAACCGAACUGAAUAGACUGAGACACAACAGCAAUGUGACGCAGUCGAGUACUCAACCGGUGAUAAAGGAUGACCGUGACGAUGAUGACGAAUACAGAGAAGAGACAAUACUACAACAACAGAAACUCACACUAAAUGCCUUGAAGAAGCUUUCCUUGUCUCUAGCGCCAAUUAUAAGAUCUGACGAAGAGACUGGUCCUGAAUCCAGGCAACUCACGACAAAACUGCUUAACGGUCUGCUUAAACCAGAGUCGAAGCUCGAGCAGAGAAAAGAAGAGGGACACAAUAAGGGACAAACAGAAAAUCGCACUAAACCAUAUCUUCCAGCACAGGUUGACUUGAGUCUGUUUGCAAGUCUCACACGGCAGAACAAACAUCUUGCAGAGCCCAAGAUUCCUCAGUCACAAGGAAAGCCGACCAACCAACCAAACGAACGUUCGAAGAAUGCCCCUUUAUCUUCCGAACGUGAUUAUCACAUUGAUAUGCAACGGCAAAUGCUUAGCAUGCAAAAUCAAGCCAACGGUAGCGAAUCCGCACAGAAGCUUUAUGAUCAAACUCUGCUCAUCGAGCCUGAUCCAGUUACUGGCAUCAAAAAUGCACCGCAGCAAACUAAAGGCCCUAUCAAUCACUCCAACUUGAAUCUUCACAGUCACAAACUUCAACAAUCUCAAUCGCAAGCGCUGAUGAAUACUCCAAGUCAGCAGCUUUCUCACAGCCAAUCUCUCGGACAGCUUCAAAGCCAGAAGAGUGAAACAGAACUUAAUCCGGUCGUUCCACCCAUGGACAUGAAUGUGCGUAACAGGAAGACGAGUCAAGCUGAGGAUACCUUACCGAAACAUGCUAGCUUGGCCGAUAAAAGAAUCCAGCAAAUCAAGGGAUUUAGAAACCCAAUGUAUAUUCCAGCGGUAUUGCGGAAAACAUUGGAUAAGGAUGCUGAUUUAGGGCCUUUGUCCAGCAAUCUGACUGAUACUGGCAGGGAGUCUUACUUUGAGGGGCUCUCCAGAGUAGGGCUGCCAAACCGAGACCAUGGCUCUAGCUCAAAUUCCAUACGUUCAGUUGACCUGGCGGAAAAUACCAUUGCCUCGCCGAGCCUCCCAUUUACGGGGCCCUACACGCUCAACAAGAAACAGUAUGAACACAUCUUGAAGGCUGCACCUACAAGAAAACACUGGCUCAAGGAUGAAGCUGUAUCCGAGUGUGGCAUAACCACUUGUCGCAAGAACUUCAACUUCUUUGAGCGCAGGCAUCAUUGCCGUCGCUGUGGUGGUAUCUUCUGCAAAGAGCACACGCUGCACUAUUUGUAUAUCAACCACCUUGCUCAAUUCACUACUGGUGGCCGCGGAACGCUCUCCAGGGUUUGCGACAAUUGCAUUGAAGAGUACAACGAGUUUAUGAAGCAAGAGUUUGGCGUGACAUGUCACAGACCAAGAAGCUCAAUAGAUGUGACAACGGCACCUUCGGAGGAACCAGAGAUCAGACCUUCGAACAAGCCUGCCUUGAGCCCACGUAAGGAAUUGCUCAAGUAUAAGAACCCACACCAGCGGCCAAGAAACCAGAUCUCUCCUCAAGUACAAAAUGGGAAGGGCUAUGCCCGCGAAGAUCAAUCCACCGAGCAAGUUGCAGGCAGCUUCGACCCUUGGUUUAACUUCAGAGCCACGAAGUUCUUGGUCUCUCACUCGUUCUACGACUUUUUGAAUUGGUUCGAUGACAGAACUUGGUAUCCCUUGGGCAGAGUCACUGGUGGCACUUUGUACCCAGGAUUGAUGGUUACUUCCGGUGUGAUUUGGCACACGUUAAGAGAUUGGUUUGGCUUGCCCGUGGAUAUCCGUAACAUUUGUGUGAUGCUUGCACCAGCAUUCUCGGGUAUCACUGCCAUCUUCACUUACUAUUUCACGAAGGAGAUGAAAGACUCCAACGCGGGACUUUUGGCCGCCAUUUUCAUGGGUAUCGCCCCAGGUUACAUCUCUCGUUCCGUGGCAGGCUCAUAUGAUAACGAGGCUAUUGCGAUUACCUUGCUCAUGGCCACAUUCUACUUGUGGAUCAAAGCCAUGAAGGUUGGCUCCAUUUUCUAUGGUACUUUGACUGCCUUGUCGUAUUUCUACAUGGUGUCGGCAUGGGGUGGUUACGUCUUCAUCACCAACUUGAUUCCAUUGCACGUUUUCGUGUUGAUCUUGAUGGGUCGUUAUAACCACCGCUUGUACACGGCCUACACCACAUGGUAUGCCUUGGGAACUAUCGCGUCGAUGCAGAUUCCUUUUGUUGGUUUCUUGCCUAUCCGCUCGAACGACCAUAUGGCUGCAUUGGGUGUGUUCGGUUUGUUGCAGUUGGUGGCUUUUGGUGCCUACGUGCGUUCAAACGUUCCCACCGCUCAAUUCAAGGUGUUUUUAACCGUGUCUCUUUUUUUCACCACCCUUUUGGGUGUGGCUGGUUUGACCGCCUUGACUGCGGCUGGCUGGAUUGCGCCAUGGACUGGUAGAUUUUACUCUUUGUGGGACACCAAUUACGCCAAAAUUCACAUUCCAAUCAUUGCGUCUGUCUCUGAGCAUCAACCCACCGCAUGGCCCGCAUUCUUUUUCGACACUAACAUGUUGAUUUGGUUGUUCCCAGCAGGUGUAUUCUUCUGCUUCCAAGAGAUGCGUGACGAGCACCUUUUCAUCAUUAUUUAUGGUGUCCUUGGUUCCUAUUUCGCUGGUGUUAUGGUUAGAUUGAUGUUGACUUUGACCCCAGUUGUUUGUGUUGCCGCUGCCAUUGCAUUGUCCAAGUUGUUCGAUGUUUACAUGGAUGUCUCCGACAUUUUUGGUUCCGAGGCUGCCGUCGAAGAAGUCUCUGAGAAGAAGAAGAAGGGACCUGCCAAGCAAGGCAAACAGUUCCCCAUCUUCAAGCUUCUCAGCAAAGGUGUCGUGUUGGCUUCAUUCGUGUACUAUCUUGUCUUCUUCGUGUUGCACUGUACCUGGGUGACUUCUCAUGCCUACUCCUCCCCUUCUGUGGUGUUGGCCUCACGUAAUCCUGAUGGCACUCAAAACAUCAUCGACGACUACAGAGAGGCCUACUACUGGUUGAGAAUGAACACUCCAGAGGAUGCCAAGGUCAUGGCCUGGUGGGAUUACGGAUACCAAAUUGGUGGUAUGGCCGACAGAACCACCUUGGUUGACAAUAACACCUGGAACAACACUCAUAUCGCCACUGUGGGUAAGGCAAUGGCCACCAACGAAGAGAACGCAUACGACAUUUUGAAAAAGCACGAUGUCGAUUAUGUGCUCGUUAUUUUCGGUGGUGUGUUGGGAUACUCCGGUGAUGAUAUGAAUAAGUUCCUCUGGAUGGUGAGAAUUUCCGAGGGUAUUUGGCCCGAUGAGAUCCACGAAAGAGACUACUUUAGUACCAGAGGUGAGUACAAGGUCGACAAGGAUGCCUCGGAAACCAUGAAAAACUCCAUGAUGUACAAGAUGUCCUACUACAGAUUCGCCGAAUUGUUCGGCGGCAGAGAGGCGCAAGACAGAGCUCAGGAAGCUUUCACGUCGCAAAACUGGAUUGUGAGAAUCUACAAGGUCAAGGAUCUUGACAACCUUGGUAGAGAGCCCAAGGCAGCUGCCGACUUUGAGAGAGGAACUUCCGGGGCAAACAAGAGGGUGAGGGCCGUGAAGAAGCCCGCUUUGGACUUGAGGGUUUAA